CCAGCCACGAGCAUCAGCAGAGGAACCAAUAGCAGAGCUCCCCGCCCACGUAACCUCUACCGCCGCCCAGAGGGGACAAACAACCAGCGCGUUUGCACUACCUCUCCCACCAGCCCACCCCUAUGUCAAGCUUUUUCAGGCCUUAAAUCAGCAGUGCCCUUUGUGUUGUCAGCCCCGGCUCUCCAGUGCGCCUGUUGCUCUGCGUCCUCCAUGUAAGGAGCGGCCACAGUGACACUAUCGCGCACUGGAGCGGUCUCCCCUCGUUACGGUUACACGGAGCUGCUGCCCUGUAUGAGGCGAGGCCGGUCGGCGGCAGCUGUGACUCCUAGUACUCGGUGUGUAGCUGUCACUCGCUGUGCGCUCCGGCCGCCUUCCCUGCCUCCUCCUCUUCCCCCCAAGCGGUUGCACCAUUUAUCCAGCCCUGCUCCCAGCCAGGCACAGGGAUCCAUAGCCCGGCACAGGGUGUGUACAGCCACUCUCCCAGCGCACCCCCGGGCACACAUCAUAGGCGGCUCCGGUACCAAGAUGUCCAACCGAGCGCUGUGCAGAGAGGCGAGCCACGCCGGGAGCUGGUACACCGCCUCAGGACCCCAGUUGAGCGCUCAGUUGGAUGGUUGGCUGUCCCAAGCACAGACCUCUAAAAGACCUGCAAGAGCCAUUAUUGCACCUCAUGCUGGAUACACCUAUUGUGGAUCCUGUGCUGCUCAUGGGUACAAGCAGAUAGACCCUUCAAUUACACGAAGAGUUUUCAUUCUUGGCCCUUCCCACCAUGUGGCUCUUUCUAGAUGUGCACUAUCCACUGUGGAUAUAUAUAGAACGCCCUUGUACGACCUCCAUAUUGAUCAGAAAGUUUAUGGAGAGUUGUGGAAGACGGGAAUGUUUGAGCGAAUGUCUCUGCAAACAGAUGAAGAUGAGCACAGUAUUGAAAUGCAUCUACCUUAUACUGCUAAAGCAAUGGAAAGCCAUAAGGAUGAGUUUACCAUUGUUCCCGUGUUGGUCGGAGCACUUAGCGAAUCAAAGGAACAAGAAUUUGGGAAACUUUUUAGCAAAUAUUUAGCAGAUCCUACUAAUCUCUUUGUAAUUUCAUCAGACUUCUGUCAUUGGGGGCAACGAUUUCGUUAUACUUAUUAUGAUGAAUCUCAAGGAGAAAUUUAUAGGUCAAUUGAAAAUUUAGACAAAAUGGGUAUGAGUAUUAUAGAACAACUAGAUCCUGUACCAUUUAGCAAUUACUUGAAGAAGUAUCAUAAUACUAUAUGUGGAAGACACCCCAUUGGGGUAUUAUUAAACGCUGCAACAGAGCUUCAGAAGAGCGGAGUUAACAUGAGCUUCUCAUUUUUGAACUAUGCUCAGUCUAGCCAGUGCCGAAGCUGGCAGGACAGUUCAGUGAGUUAUGCUGCUGGAGCCCUUGUGGUGUAUUGAGCCACUGAACACUCAGGGAUGCCACCUAAAAACACAAUGCUGACACAACCUAGUUUUCUUUCUGUCCAUGGGGUCAUAGCCAAGCAGUAGCACAGUGCUGCUCUGUGAGUUCAAGUGAUCCUUAACCCAGUUCAUAUCUUUCCUAUUUGUUUCGUUUUUUUUUUUUUUUUUCUAAUAGGUGUAGUCCUAUCUUGAGUUAUUCUUCUUUUUUUCUUUUCACCCCAUUUUAAAUAACAAUUGCUUUCUUGGUUAUGGUAUCAGAAGUUGUGUCAAAGUGUUUGUGAACUUGAAAUCUAACAAUGACGAGUUGUGGCAGAUGACUACAAAUGCUUGUAACAUGGAAUAAGUUAGCCUUUACCAUAACCUAAAUUUGCACUGUUUGCAGGUAUGUGCACAUGUACUCAGCUUUCAGAAUAGUUUUGCAAGUUGUAAAACAAAACAAAAUUCUAUAAAAAAAAAUAAAAAUAAAGGGUGGAAGCUUUUUAAUAAAAAAUAAAUCAAAUGCAUUUAUAAAUGAUCGUUUAUCCUAUAUUAGAAUAUAAUACAAUUCAUGUAUAGUCGGUUAGUACCAGUGUUGUACAACAAAUACUUUCUAUUUUAGUUGCUAAUAAAGGGCUACACAAACCAAACAA